AUGCCAAAAGGGAAGCCAAAGAAAAGUGCAUUAUCAGUAGAAGAAGAGAGUCCCAGAUAUUUUCUGAACCCCGAGUCAGUGAGUCGCCAUCUAUAUUGUUCAAUAUGUCAAGAAGUAUUUAGUGAGCCACAGAGAGCACCAUGUGGUCACAGUUAUUGCAAAAAGUGUAUAAGUCAAUGGUUAAAGAGUAGCAAAACUUGCCCAGAAGAUAGAAAGCCAAUAUUACCAUCCUCGUUACACCAUGAUUUUAUCUUAGAGAAUAUUAUUGGUGAUCAAAUGGUUGCAUGUCCUUAUCGAUAUAGUGGUUGUGAAUUUGUUGCACAAUUAGAAAGGUUAACUAGUCACAAGAAAUCCUGUGAGUUCAAUCCUGUUAACCUUCCAGGUUUUCUCCGUGAGCGAAACGAGAGUGCUACUGGUACACCGGAUAAAGUAAUGACCGAACCGACCACCAGUGAGGACAUCAGUUCUCCUGCCAAACCAUCGCUAAUGAUGAGGCUCUACAGAAGUGGCAAUGACCAGAAGCGGUUACUUAAAUCAAUGUUCGAGGCAAAGGAAAACAUGGCACAGAGUGCUGAUAGUGAGAUCGUGGUUCUUGAUUAA